AUGUGUUUGGCAAAUGGACGAUACAGUGACUAUGCAAAAUUAAUCACGGAAACAGCACGUCGUACACUAAAAAUGUCAUUGAAACAUAACUCUCUCAAGCUGUGGGCGAAGUUACUUAUUAGAGCAGAACAUUGUGCAGAAUCAUUGAAAACUUCGGCUGUUUCAUUUGCAUAUGUUCAUGGAGCAGUCACCAAAGCUGCUGAACAAGGUGAAUGGCUUUUGCUUGAUGAAAUUAAUUUAGCUACACCGGAAUGUCUAGAUUCUAUAGUACACUUGAUUGAGGAUUCAGAAAGUAAACAUCCAGAUUUUUGUUUGUUUGCCUGUAUGAAUCCUGCCAAUGAUGUGGGGAAACGAAACCUACCAGCUGGAAUAAGAAGUCGCUUCACUGAAAUUUUCGUACAUGAAACUGAAGAUAUAGAACAACUACAUGUCAUUGCACAAGCUUAUCUUCCGUCAUUUGAUGUUGCAAAAAUAUCCACGGUGCUAGAACUCUAUCAGAUAUUGCGCAUAGCUUUUCCCGGAAAAUAUAGCUUACGGACUUUAUGUCGUGCGUUGACAUUCACGGCAGAAAAUAUCUUUGAAAGUGAUAUACGUAACAUAUAUGAAGCAGUAUCGAUGUCCUUUAUGAGCGAUCUAAAUGCAGAAGCUCAAACAAUGGUUGAAAAACUUAUUCAAAGUAAAAUGGGCAAAAUCUCAUUGGGUAAAAUGAAGACAAAAUUUACCAAUGAUCGCAUUGAAGUUGAAGGAUAUUGGAUCGAAAAAGGAAGUGCAGAACCGCAAAAUGAUCCCAAUUAUGUUUAUACAGCAUCAAUUCGAAAAAACUUAUCUCAUCUUGCUCGGGUCAUUUGCAGUGGCAAAUUUCCAGUGCUGUUGGAAGGUGAAACAUCAUGUGGGAAAACAGCCAUGGUAAUGCACCUUGCCAAAAUUACGGGAAACACAGUUAUUCGGAUUAAUAACCAUGAACAUACCGAUCUUCAAGAAUAUACAGGAUCUUAUGUACCAGAUGGUGAUGGUCGUUUCGUAUUUGUAGAAGGCCCAUUGGUAAAAGCUGCUCGUAAUGGACACUGGAUAAUUCUCGAUGAACUGAAUCUUGCUCCAACCGAUGUUAUUGAAGCUCUGAAUAGAUUGCUAGACGAUAAUCGCGAAUUGUUCAUUUCUGAAACGAACACGGUUAUAAAAGCUAAUCCUCAGUUUCGCUUAUUUGCAACGCAAAAUCCCGCUUGCAUUUACGCCGGUCGUAAACGCCUCUCACGUGCACUGCUCAAUCGUUUUGUUAUUCUGCGAUUCGACCAACUGCCAUACAAUGAAUUGGCGGAAAUGGUCAUCGUUAGUUGUAAAAUCGCGCCAUCGGCUGCACAAACAAUGGUUUCGGUAUUUUGCGACUUACGUGCUCUACGUAGUGCAGUUGGCGUUUUCUCAGCUAGUGAUGGGUUGAUGACGCUUCGUGAUUUAUUCAGAUGGGGACAGCGACUUGCAGGUUCUGAUCAUGAUGACUGGCGCCAAUGUCUGGCUGAGCAUGGUUUUUUAUUGCUCGGUGCACGAUGUCGUAAUACAGUCGAUGUUGAGUGUGUGAAAAAAAUAUUGGAAAAAAAUUUGAGGCAUAAAAUAGACGUUGAGCGUUUAUUUGCCAGUAAUUCAGACUAUUUACCGCUCGAAUUUCAUUCAUGUUCAGCCGUAAACAGUGUUGUUUUAACUCGUAGUAUUCGUAGGAUGCUUGUUUUGGUUUCACAAAGUUGGAAUUUUGACGAACCGGUUCUACUCAUCGGUGAAACAGGAUGUGGUAAAACAACGAUUGCACAGAUGCUUGCGAAGGAGAAGCUGUUGGCUUUGAAUUGUCAUGAGAAAACAGAAGCUGCUGACUUUCUAGGUUCAUUGCGUCCAACUGGUGAAGGUACAUUCAAAUGGAUGGAUGGCAUAGUCGUACAAGCAAUGAAAGAAGGCCGGCCACUUCUCAUCGACGAAAUCUCACUAGCAUCCGACUCGGUACUAGAGCGACUGAACCCUUUGUUGGAACCAUCUCGUUCAUUACUUCUUAAUGAUGGCGGUUUAUCAGGUGGUGAAGUAAGAGCAAAAAAUGGUUUCAAUGUUGUAGCAACUAUGAAUCCUGGUGGAGAUUAUGGUAAAAAAGAGCUCUCAAAAGCACUGAGAAAUCGAUUCACAGAAAUUUGGUGUCCAUCGGAUGUGUCCGGUGAUGAUUUGAUUGCUAUUGUGGAUCGACUGCUGAGUACAACUGCUCUACUGAAUGAAAAUGAUUUACGCUUAAAAGUUAACAAAUGUAUUGUGCGAUUUGUGCUAUGGUUUAAUCUCAGGAGUACAGUAACAAUUCGUGAUGUAGUAGCAGUUACUCAGCUUGUUAUUGCUGCGCUGUCACGAUCUUCACCAUUUUCUUCAAUUUACCACGCUUUUUCGGCAACUCUUUUUGAUGCUUUUGGUACUUUAUCGACACGUAUUAGUUUGGAUUGUGAUGUCCUAAGGAGAAAAGCCAUUGAUAAAGCUAUCCAAAUAAAUGCCCUUUGGAAAACAUUUAAAACUUCAUAUUUGCAGCUGUGUCAAAUUAUGCAACAGGAAUUGGGUAACAUCUAUGAUGUAACAUCGCUUUUGUUACCAGCUGCAUUGUAUUUCGAUGAAAAAGAUUCUCACAGUCUUAUUGUUGGAGAUUUUCGUAUUUCUUUUGGGCAAGCCAAACGAUUUAUGCCCGAAAAUUUUACAUUUGAUGCGCCAACCUGUAGGCAGAAUAUUUUUAGGCUUGUACGUGGACUUGAAAUUGAUAAACCGAUAUUGCUUGAAGGUCCUCCAGGUUGUGGUAAAUCUACCACUGUUAUUGCUUUAGCUGCUGUAACUGGCCAUGCAUUGAUUCGAUUAAAUUUAUCAGAACAAACGGAUUUGGCAGAUCUAUUCGGCUGCGAUGUGCCGAUUAUUUUAUCAGAUGGUACACCGUCUUUUAUGUGGAGAGAUGGACCUAUUUUGCGUGCAAUCAGAACGGGCCAAUGGGUUCUUCUAGAUGAGAUGAAUUUGGCAUCGCAAAAUGUUUUGGAAGGUUUGAAUGCAUGCUUCGAUCAUCGUCACAAUCUUUUCAUACCAGAACUGAACCGAACUUUCGACAUUGAUAUUGAUGACAAGAAAACACGUUUUUUUGCCUGUCAAAAUCCAUGCAGUCAAGGAGGCAAUCGGCGAAAGCUACCAAAAUCAUUUGUUAACCGCUUCACAUCUAUUUAUAUAAGUGAAAUGGACACCUCAGAUUUUUUCGAAAUUAUAAAAAGUUCAUUUGGAUCUGUAUUGGUUGAUGAUAUUGUUCAACGUAUGGUUAAUGUGAACAAGUCAAUAGCAAGUCUUAUAGCAGAAGAUCCACAAUUCCUAAGAAAGGGAUCGCCAUUUGAAUUCAAUUUGCGUGAUUUGUUAAGAUGGGCACAAUUAACGGUCGAAAACAACGGCGAUGUUGCAUUUGGUUUUGAUUUAUUAUAUGUGUGGCGAUUACGUAGUAAUGUUGAUCGACAAAAGAUGCGAAGGUUAUUUUAUGAAUGCUUCAAAUUUGAAUGUAUUGAAACCGUAGCAUCGCUUUCAUUUAUUGAUUCAUAUGUUUAUAUCGGAAAAGUGGAACUAGAACGAUCAAACACAAUCCGUGAACGACAAAAUAUGAAAUUACUCUCAUCACAAAUGAAAUUGCUGAAUAAACUUGCCGUUUGUGUGAAAAUGAAUUGGCUUGCUUUAAUUGUCGGGAAAGCUGGUUCUGGCAAAUCAACAGCUGUAAGCAUCCUAGCAUCCUUACUUGGAAAGGAGCUUUAUACAAUACAUCUAACUUCGGAAUCCGAUUCACUCGACCUUCUUGGAUCGUUUGAGCAGGUCACCGAUUAUAUCAAUUUUACUUCCAUAAAGCAACAUUGUUUGAAUUUGCUUAAACAAUUUCCCGAUUUGUUGAAUGAUGUAAGUGACGCUGAAGAUAUACUUACUUUACGACUAGCUUUGCAAAGCGCAAUACUUCUCGUCGACAAAAAUAUUGCUAGCAAACUGUCAAAAUACGAUAAAGAACUGGGCAAAAGUAAAAUGCGUUUUGAAUGGAUUAACAGUCGUUUUGUAGAUGCAUUUAUUAAUGGUUAUUGGAUUUUGAUUAAAAAUGUCAAUUGUUGCAGUGCAGCAGUACUGGAUCGAUUGAAUGCUUGUUUGGAAAAUAAAAGGGAAUUGAAUUUACAAGAAUGUGGUAGUGGUACUUCUGUCGUAGAAGCACACAAUGAUUUCCGAGUUUUUUUCACUAUGGAUGAUGAUUACGGCGACGUUUCACGGGCUAUGCGUAAUCGUUCAGUGGAAUUAUAUUUACUUCCUGGUGAUUGUGCUUGGUUCAAAAUUGCACAAGAUCUGGGAAAUGUGGUAAUGAUUACGGAAAACCAAAAUAUUCUACGGAUUAAAUCGACAAUAAUACAAGCAUGUGAGCAGCUUUCAUGUUGGGAGUUGUUGAAGUUAAAAAUACUUUUAAAAACAAAGGAUAUGGAUUUUGAAAAUGCGGUAAAGCAUUUCAUAACCAUCGAUGAGGAAACCAUGGAAACUGAUGAGAAUAACGAAGAAACUUUUAUCGUUUAUCCUUCAGUAGAUGCUGAUCUUGCUACCACAUAUAGCAGAUGGAAAAUUCUAGUUUGGUCAUAUGUAAGUCAAAAUGAUUGGAUACUUGGUUUUCUGUGGGCUACGUUUUGUGUUCCGCUCAAACAAC